CCCUCCCCACCUCCUCCCUCCCUCCCCCCUCCCCCUCCCCCUCCUCCCUCCCCUCCCCACCUCUCUCCCUCCCCCUCCCCACCCUCUCUCCCUCCCCCUCCCCCCUCCCCACCUCUCUCCCUCCCCCUCCCCCUCCCCCACCCUCUCCCUCCCCCUCCCCCUCCCCACCCUCUCCCUCCCCUCCCCCCUCCCCCCCUCUCUCCCUCCCCCCUCCCCCCUCCUCCCCCUCCCCCUCCCCACCCUCUCCCUCCCUCUCCCUCCCUCCCCACCUCUCUCCCUCCCCCCCCCACCUCUCUCCCUCCCCCUCCCCUCCCUCCCUCCCCCCCCCCCCUCCCCACCUCUCUCCCUCCCCCUCCCCACCUCUCUCCCUCCCUCCCCCCCUCCCCCUCCCCACCUCUCUCCCUCCCCUCCCCCCCUCUCUCCCCCCCUCCCCCCCCUCCCUCCCCCCCCCCUCCCUCCCCCCCCCCUCCCUCCCUCCCCUCCCCCUCCCCACCUCCCCCUCCCCCUCCCCACCCCCCCCCCCCCUCCCCACCCUCUCCCCACCCCUCCCCUCCCCUCCUCUCCCCCCCCCCCCCCUCCCCCUCCCCACCUCUCCCUCCCCCUCCCCACCCCCCCUCCCCCUCCCCCUCCCCACCCCCUCCCCCCUCCCCACCUCUCUCCCUCCCCCCCCCCCUCCCCUCCCUCCCUCCCCCUCCCUCUCCCCACCUCUCUCCCCCUCCCCACCUCUCUCCCUCCCCCUCCCCACCUCCUCCCUCCCCUCUCCCUCCCCACCCUCCUCCCCCCUCCCCACCCUCUCCCUCCCCUCCCUCUCCCUCCCCCUCCCCCUCCCCACCUCUCUCCCUCCCCCCCCCCCUCCCCACCUCUCUCCCUCCCCCUCCCCCACCUCUCUCCCUCCCCUCCCCACCUCUCUCCCUCCCCCCCCCCCCCUCCCCCCCUCCUCUCCCUCCCCCUCCCCCUCCCCCCUCUCUCCCUCCCUCCCUCCCCUCCCCACCUCUCUCCCUCCCCCCUCCCCCCUCCCCACCUCCCCCACCUCUCUCCCUCCCCCCUCCCCCUCCCCCACCCUCUCCCUCCCCUCCCCCCCCCCCUCCCGCUGAAGUCUGUGCUGAGAGUAGCGACCAGAAUGGAGAGGGCUACAACUCAACAACAGACAACAGAGAAGUGAAAGACUACAACUCAACAACACACAACAGAGAUGCUCCAGCCACACACAUAAACCACCUACAGGACGUCCCAGGGAGGACCACCGAGGAAGAGGAGAAGAGGAGGAGAGACGAAGAUGAGGAUCUAGAGUUCCCUCAUGACUUCCUGCCCAGUAUAGACCUCAGCCUUGAACUCCUUUGGGGAACUUCACUUGGCUCCAACCCCACCCCCAGCUUCAACCCCAUACCCAACCCCAACCUCAGCUCCAACCCCAUACCCAACCCCAACCCCAGCUCUAUCCCCUACCCCAGCCCCAACCCCUACCCCCUACCCCAAACCCAACCCCUACCCAGCUCCAACCCCAGCCCCAACCUCAGCACCUAA